AUCAACCAACUAUUUCUAGACCUUCAAAUGCCUCGCCAAAACCAAGGCUUCACGGGGCGGCAGAGCGUCGUCGGGCCAAGCCUGACGGCGGCCAUCGUCGCCUUCAUCGCAGUCGUGUUCGGCUUCUGGGCCGGCAUCUCUGCCUUUGUCGACCGUAACGAUGACAUCGGACCCAAGACGCGCACGUUUGACGCCAUCCGCGGUGGCAUGGCCUUUGGCAUUGUCGCUGUCGGCAUUGUGAUCCUGCUCACGAGUUGCCGCCUCGCCGUGCCCCGCAUGGUCACCGUCGGUAUUCUCGCGCCCCUCGGCAUCGCCUUCACGAUGGCCUAUGGCGUCGUGCUCAUCGUCUGGCGAUACGUCGCAAAGAGCGAGAUUAUCGACCAGUGCAACCAGGACUCGAGAUCGAACAACUGGAAGCUUGACUGCGAUGCAAGGUGGCGCCGCAACACCAACUACACCUUCUUCUACCUGGCCAUCAUUGUCGUUCUCUCGCUCCUCUUCAUGUGGUCCCUCGUUGCGGCGGGGCGCCAGCCACCGCGCCGCACGUUGGACACGAACGCUAGCUCCUUCCCCCUCGACUCGUUCACGCCGGCCAACCCGUACGCCAACAACCCGCCCCCGCCCGCCGGUGUGUACCCGGGCAGCAACGGCCUGUACCAGCCGCCGCCGUUCGCGCCUGUCGCUCCGCCGUACACGCCCGCUGGUGGGCCCGGCUCCGCGCCCGCGUAUGAGGUUCCUCCGUACGACCACUCGCGCGCGGUUGAGACAAAGGAGAAGGCAGAGGCGGAGCGCAGUUGGAUGGACGAGCCACCAACAUCUCCCCCUCGGAGUUCGGCGGGUGCCAGCAACCCACGCGCUACGCCGACUGCCGGAGCUCCGCUGGAGCAGACACUGUCUCGGAACAGUGAGGAAGAGCGAAACUUGAUCCGCCACGCCGCGUGAGACAUGUCCAGACGCCGAACCGAAAAAGCUUGGGUAUGGAGAUCCCAAAGUCGUCGAAGCGACCUCGAUAUCCAGAUCCUCCUCCUUCCUAGAUCUGUCUAAGACGAACACGCCUCCCUGCACCGUCGGAAUUAAACCUACCGCACACGAUGUCUCGGCAUAGUACGGUAACUGCGGGGUAAUGGUCCCUGGACUCUCGCACUGUCUCGUUUAUCGUUAUUGUUCUAUCGUACCUACCCACCUCAUCCCAGAUCCACUUGCGAGUGCGAUGACGCUGACCGCGCUCGCACUCGCCGACCAAUGCAUUGUGUGUACUCAAAAA